AUGUCUAAACUCAUUCAUUACACUUUUGACGCCUUGUUAAUCUCUGCUUUCCUUGCUGGAAUUAAGCGAUCUACUGGACUUCAUGCCGCGACAGAUAAAAUAGAGAAUAAAACUAUAAGAAGCUAUGUCGAAAAAUACCUUGGAUUUGGCGAAUGGGUGUUUGAUAUGACUGUACUUUAUUUAAAUCACUCUUCAUAUUUUAUAAACAGAGGAUCAACUACAAAUGAUAAAAGAACAUCACACUAA